UAAGAUAUUCAAACAUUAUAUGAACCUAGUUGACAUUUUAAAUCAAAAUGGCUGAAAAAACAGAAAACUCUUGUGAUGAUAAGCAAGUGUCAGAGAUCAGGCAAAUGCCUAAUUUAUGGCUAAGGAAGUUAGCUACAAUCCUAUUUGUCUGGGAUUUGGAUAAUGAUGGGUAUGCUGGGAAUGAUGACAUGAUGAAUAUAGCAGACAAGAUUAUUCAAGUUGGCAACUUUAAUGGGAAAUCUGGUGAUAAUAUAAUCAACUUCUACAGAGAUAUAAUAAAGCAUACAAGUGAUAACCCUAGUUCAGAGGUGGUCAAAGCAACAUCUUUGUCAGAGCAGCUUGUGGCAGCUUGGAGAGUCAAGGAUAAUCCAGACACUGUAAAGCUGUGGUGCAAAGUAUAUUCUGACAUGUUUAAGGUUAUUGAUUUCAACGCCACUGGUUUUCUUACAUUUGACCAGUACCUGGUGUUUUGGAACACAUUUAACCUUGAUAGGAGAUUUGCAAAGAUGCAGUUUGAC